AAAACAAUGGAACCGGAUGUCAAGCGUAGGAAAGGCGCCGAGUGCGACUCGGACUCCUGGGUGGCGUACCCUGUCCUUUCAGAUGAGCAGACGCAAGCCGUAGAGCUGAUUGACACCUUUGCCGCGCCUGUGCACGACAAACGAGCAACGUCGCGUUUGGUCAAAGAGCUCAACGACCUCUACCCUUUGACGGGCCUCCAGCACGUUAAAAGAGUCCGGGCGACUAAGGCACAGGAGGGCCGCUCUCACCCUCUCGAGAUCCUCUUGUGUCCGGUCAGUGAAGUUUCCGACUUGAACUUGUUCAGCGUUGAAUGCGUCGGCUUGGGUAAACCCUUCGUGGUCAAGGUUCCAGCUCGCCCACCUUUGACCCGACCCCAAUUUGAGCUGGCCAGCAAGCACUGGCCCACCUCCUUCCACGAGGACAAGUCCGUGACUCACGCCCUUCGAGGAGAAUCCUUCAGUUCGGCUCAAAAAGAGCAGAUGCACGCAUACAUGUCGGCGGCCGUGGCCGCUGCCCAAGAAGGGAAAGCUUUGGGGAUGGAGCCCGUGGGGGCUGUGAUGGUAGACCCGGUCUCAGAGAGGAUAGUUGCCGUGGGUCACGACUGCCAAGGGCAACACCCUCUGUACCACGCCGUCAUGGUGUGCAUUGAUUUGGUGGCCAGAGGGCAAGGUGGCGGCUGCUACCAGUUAAAUGCAUACCCCGCCUGCCGCUCUAUUUUAACACCUCUAUCGGACACUGCGCAGCAGCCGUACAUCUGCACUGGGUAUGACCUGUAUGUCACAAGAGAACCGUGCGUCAUGUGCGCCAUGGCACUGGUGCACUCGCGGAUCGGCCGCGUGUUUUACGGAGCACCCUUUGCCGAUGGAGCCCUUGGGACCAAGUACAAAAUCCACACGCAGGAAGGCCUCAAUCAUCACUUUAAAGUUUACAAAGGAGUUAUGAGCCAACAGUGUGAGGAGCUAAACAGCGGAUCUCUUUGA